GCCAGUCUACUGCUCUUAUAGCUAUUCUCUUAACGCUGCACUAAAAACAGUGUACAUAAGCAUAAACACUGCACCGUCCCUGAUCUUAAUUUCGCGAGAUCGUAAAUUGUUAUCUGGUAUCAAACAUCGCUGAGGAGGAAGUAACGUGGACUUGCAACCGGCGCUUAUCUUUCGGUUCAGUUUAAUGCACAGCAGCCCAGAUCUUUCGUUUGACAUCAGCUCGCUGCCGACUGUUUGAUGGUUAUACGGCACCACUAACAAACCCUGCUACUGACCUGUAAUAUAUAUAGUGCGCAGAUGAAGUAGCGUUAUUCCUACUGUCUGCCCGGUUCAACCAGCAUUUUCUUCCAGGGGUACGUCUGCUACCGGGACUUCUGGAUUUGAUAGCAGUCAUAUAUUCAUAGCCUGGCGACAUAAAACUACUCGGGUCAGCUGCUUUAACCACCCGUUAGCGUUCAACAUCCUGAAGCAGACAGCGUGAUUAUUACUGCGAAUCAUACACAACAUGCACGGGCGGGAUUCGUACAGGAUGAGCACCGAUUUCACAUUCUGGCUCAUCCUCUCCAUGUUGAUCUGUCUGGUGGUCACUUCGGUUGUAAUCUUGAUUCGCGCCUGUAUCAGCAGUAAAUGUGACGCACUACAGGAUUGUCUGCUCGGGCAGCGGGGCCGGCGGGCUGAACAGACCAUCACAUCACUCCAGAACGACAAUCGGCGUCCGGUUCUGUAUAUUGUCUCACCGCACGUUGUCGUGGAAAGCGGCCAUGAAGUCAGACGGAUCGAUCAGCCGGACGCAACCGGAUAUCCGCAAGAAGCGCCGCCUAUUGACGGACUGGGUUACACUGCCCUCUUGACCACGCCUCCGCCGGCCUACGAGCCUCCACCGGGCUACACGACCCCGGUGCACCUGAAAAAAGGGAAUAUUCGUCGUUCGGCAUCAUGUGCUUCGGUGUCGUCGGCGACCAGUGCAUGGCGCCAUGCUGUCCGUAAUAAUCUCCCUUCAUCGUCUACCUCGCAGUGGAUUUAAUGCCCCAAAAUUUUUAUGGAUUUGAUUGUCAAAGUAUUGCAACAGCCUACCCACGUCAACAACGUGGGCAUUCCGACAAUUAAAACGCAACUGCACAUGCGGUCUCGUUACCAUCAGGAUCCUAGAAUUUUUUCUAACAGUCUUUCAGAAUUCAGAAUCCCGUGUACUUCUUUUUAGUAUACUUGACAAGGAGAUAAUAUGAUAUGAUAUUUUCCUUCCUCUCCAGGUUAUAAUUGCAACUGCAGAUCAAAUUUUUCGUACUCGUAUUGAAACAGCAAAUUAAAGAUAGCUGGUGAUGGU